CAGUCAUAGACACAGAUGGAUAGGUAUUCUUGCAUGUGUUUGCUCUUGCUUCGCGAACGGUCCCUCUUCGCCACUUUACUGUUCCUUCUAUCUUACUGGAUUCCCUUUUUUUCUCUUCGUGUCUCUCCGCUGCAAUUCUUUCUGACACCGUUUGUCUCUGCUGUGCCUUUCGGCCCGGUCCGAUCUUAUCCGCGUCCUCUGUUCGUGGGGUUCGCUGUCGUUCCUUCUUCUCCUGUUCUUCCUCCAUUUCGCUUCGGCCUCUUUGGAACUCUUUUCACGGCCAUGCCGCGUGUCGUUACACUCUCCUUAGCGGGAGUGGUAGGGUCAGAGAGGAGUCGUUUUGUUGUUGGCACGGUCUGUAGUGGUGGGAGCGUCGGGGGCACUGGGAAUCUCACACCAAAGCUUUUUCUUGGCACUUCUUGUCUUUUCAUUUCUCUGUUUUAGCGUGAAACAAUAAUGGUAUAGGCACCAGACGCUGGAUUCCCUUCCAUUAUCAGGGGCAUGUUACGAACCGCGGUGGGCUGCGUUUUGCUCCUUGAAUCCAAAUAUAUUCACCGUCUGUAACAGCAGACAUUCAAACAGCCGUGAAAUUCGACUUUCUAGAUAGAAAGGAAACUUAGUCUGCUUCGCUUCCGAAAACAUUGAGGGAAAAUUAAGCGUACGUAUUGGUUUUACCCCGAAGAGAACACGUGAAAAGAAUGAGUGGGUCAUCUCGAUUCGCAUAUUCGCACGAACAUCACGUUUAAAUGGGGGAUCCAGCUCUGGAUGCCCGGAGUAAGUGCUGUCAUAUACCGGUUUGGAAGAAAGUGAAUCGUAUGCUAGGGAUGCUGCCGUUCGUGUCACUUUGUUGAUUGUGGAGCAGAACAAACACAUACCGAUUUGUUAAGGAAGUCAUGCGGGCAGCUUUGGGAAUCACUCACGUGCGAGCAGCCUUCGUUUCAAAAGUGAGAAAAGCUGCUAGAAUUGCGCUACGCUGCCUGAUUGCCCGUUACAGAGUUGCUGGUAGUGUUUCGGGGGGCCGAUACAGCUGACUAGUUGGCUGUGCAACCAGUGCCGUCGUGUAUGCAGAACGACAAACAGUUUACUUCCAAUUGGAUAUCGGGAGAGCGAAACAAGCUGAAUGCGACACACCAUGUUGUUUUUGACAGCUGUGCGACGGUUUACCAGAUAGCAUGCCACGGUCGUCUCUCAGGAUCUGCGGUCACUUAGUGAAUAAACCUAGUAAUAUGAGCGCACGCUAGCGCACGUGUGAGCAACCAGAGAACGUGAGUGUGGUGGUCCAGCGUGCUUUUGCUGGUGGGUGCCAUAGUGGUCAU